AUGAGUAACCUAGUUUCAGCAGCAGCAGACGUGACACUUUCCUUGGAGCCACAGGCAUCACGUCCCAGCAAGGCGGAAAGAUCAAAGGGGUUUCUCAACGCACAUUCUACUAUGCCACCGGGUAACAGAGAAGCAGUAACAACUGAACCAGAGCAACCAAAAGCUCCGGAGCGGAUGACAUCAUGUUUGGUCUGCAACAAGUUGGACCAUAAAGUGAAGGAAUGCGAGACUUUUAAGCGAAUGAGUUGCGAUGAUCGAUGGAAAGCAGUGCAUGCUCUCCACUUGUGCAGAGUUUGUCUUGGAAGGCACGGCAGAAGACCAUGUAGGUCACAAGCUCGGUGUGAGGUGGCAGGGUGCCAGGUACGACAUCAUCCACUGCUUCACGGGGCACAAACUAGGGCAAUCCCGGUUCACCAAGUUCCCGGUCCUUCGGGACAAAGACAACAAGCAUCGGAAGGGGUAAUAUCACACCACCACAUGAAAGGUACAAUGCUUUUCCGUAUUCUCCCGGUAAAUCUUCAUUACCAAGGAAGAUCAAUACACACUCACGCCUUUAUAGACGAGGAGUCGUCGGUUACGCUCGUGGAGAAGAGAAUUGCAGAUGAACUGAAAUCUGAGGGCGUCAAACGGUCGUUAUGUCUCUCUUGGACUGGGAACGUCACCCGAGUGGAAGCAGAUUCCCAACAAAUCACACUUGAGAUAUCCGGCGACGAAGACAGAUCGCGGUACAAGAUCGACGACAUCAGGACAGUCCGUUCUUUGGCGCUUCCAAAGCAAACGCUACGAUACGACGAACUGGCUCGUCGGUACGAACACCUACGCAAUCUACCGGUCAAGAGUUUCGAAGGCGUGACUCCUGGUAUACUCAUAGGUGUAAAGCACGCACACCUGACUGCAACGACGUUAGUCCGAGCAGGUCGACAAGGAGAACCCAUCGCCGCGAAAACCCGUUUAGGUUGGGCUGUCUACGGUCCUACGGUAGGCAGAGGAAAGCCUUCAAGUUUCAACUUGCAUAUCUGCGAGUGUUCAGCGGACAACGAACUGCACGAGUUGGUCAAACAGUAUUUCACUGUAGAAAGUGUUGGCGUGUCAGUCGACCGUGGCCCGGACUCGGAAGAAGACAAACGGGCAAAAAGUAUUCUGGAACAGACAACAAAGCGAGUGAAAAUAGGUUUCGAAACCGGAUUAUUGUGGCGUUAUGACUACGUCGAAUUUCCGGAUAGUUACGGCAUGGCAGUUCGUAGAUUGGAGUGCUUCGAGAGGCGCUUGAAGACGAAUUCGAGUAUUGGUGAAAACGUACGACGUCAACUGGUGGAAUACCAAAAAAAGGGAUACAUGCACGAAGCGACGGAAGAAGAACUACGAACAGCUGAUUUACGGAAGGUGUGGUACCUCCCGCUUGGAGUAGUACAUAACCCGAAGAAACCCACAAAAGUGCGCCUGGUCUGGGAUGCUGCUGCCAAAGUGAAUGGUGUUUCACUGAAUACGAUGCUGCUGAAGGGGCCGGAUCUAACGGCUUCACUUCCAACUGUUCUCGACGGGUUCCGCGAACGGAAGGUCGCACUGGGAGGCGAUAUACGCGAAAUGUUCCAUCAAAUCAAAAUAAGGAAGGAAGAUAGAGACUCCCAACGGUUCCUAUGGCGAAACAAUCCGGAACAGCAGCCGCGGGUGUUUAUUAUGGACGUCGCCACAUUCGGGUCAUCAUGUUCUCCGUGCUCCGCCCAGUUCAUCAAAAACCUCAACGCCGAUGAAUACGCCCAGCAGUUUCCACGGGCGGCCGACGCUAUCCAACGUCGGCAUUAUGUGGACGACUAUCUCGAUAGCUUUGACACCGAGGACGAGGCAAUUAAGGUCGCCAAGGAAGUCGCAUUUAUACAUCAAAGGGGCGGCUUCACAAUAAGCAGCUGGUUGUCCAAUUCAACGGAAGUCCUUCGACGGGUCGGGGAACAGGAUACCCCGUUACAGAAGCUCAUUAACUGGGAUAAAGGCAGCUGCGUUGAACGAGUCCUGGGAAUGUCCUGGCUUGCUAAAGAUGAUGUAUUUGUGUAUUCCAGCAGCGUUGACGUUGGGGCAGCUGUCACGACGAAGCGAGGCAUCCUACGAUGUGUGAUGAGCCAGUUUGAUCCUCUUGGAUUGCUGUCUCAUUUUUUGAUUCACGGACGGAUCAUUAUCCAAGAUAUCUGGCGAACGAAGGCCAGCUGGGACGAUGAAAUUGGAGGCGAUAUUUUAAAGCGGUGGAGAGUGUGGACUAGCCUGUUCAGUGAUCUACAGCAAAUACGAAUUGAUCGAUGCUACUGCCCUGGAAUUACGUCAUCAGAAAUAGAAGACCUACAACUGCACGUGUUUGUGGAUGCCAGCGAGAGCGCAUACGCAUGUGUUUCGUAUUUUCGCGCGGUGAUUGCCGGAGAAAUUCAUAUCACGUUGGUUGCUGCGAAGGCGAAAGUGGCCCCACUAAAAUCUCUCUCCGUACCAAAGUUGGAACUCCAGGCUGCGUUGAUAGGAGCAAGGCUGAUGAAAACGAUCGGAGAAACUCAUUCAUUAACAAUUUCUCGCAGAUUCAUUUGGUCAGAUUCUAAAACGGUGCUAGCGUGA